ACUUCAAUUUCCUAGUCAAAAGAAAAAAGAAAACUUGAAUUUUAUUCACUCUGUCAAACACAUUCUCUCUCUUUUUUGGUGCCUCCUCAAUAUUUUCCUCAUAAACACUGGUAACAGUCACAUUUCCAGUUUCCACCCUCCCAACUACACAAAUCAUCUCGUAUUUUUCAUAAUUAUUAUAUUAAUCACUACCCAUAACCACAACCUAACCCAUUUCUCUCUAUCAGAAAUGCCCAGAAUACAAAGCUUUGUUUUUACCGGGUAUUUACCCCUUUUUCUUCUUCUGAUCCUUUCUCCGUCUUGCGGCGGCUCUAACGGCGAUGGCGCUCUGCAACAACAGCUGUGGUGUGUGGCCAAAAACAACGCGGAGGAUGCAGCUUUACAGACAGCAUUGGACUGGGCCUGUGGGGCCGGUGGAGCAAAUUGUGGCCCAAUCCAGAAUGGAGGACCUUGCUACGACGUUAACAGUGUUCAGAAUACGGCGUCGUAUGCUUUCAAUGAUUAUUUUCUCAAACAUGGCUUGACCGAUGAUAGCUGCAACUUCAACAAUAAUGCUGCUGUUACUUCCUUAAACCCUAGUUAUGGUAAUUGCAAGUUCCCAGCCGGUUUGACAGCGAGUAAUGGAAGUUUUACUGGUUCAACACCAUCGCCAUCUGAAGGAUUGGGACCCAGUGAAAAUGAAGUGAAAAUAGGCACCGAUUUGAUGAAGGAAUGGCAAGUGAAAAAGAAAAGCUUUCCUUGUUUUUGUUCGCGCUGCACAUGUUACACGUUUUAGGAAUAUAUCAAACUGUGUGUUACUAUCAAUGUAGAACAGAAAUGAUGAAUAUAUUGCAUCUCCUAUUGUAACUUUGCUGGCCUGUUUGAAAUUAAAGUAGACCAAUUUGAAGGAGAUUUCCACUAAAUUUAAUGAAACGAAACUCAUUCUUAGUUUUUUAUACAGUUA